AUGAACGAGACACUUGGUGUCAUUUUCAACAUUGUAAAAGAAAACGAGGAGAGGAGCAAAGUUUCGGAAACCAACGGCAAAGUAGAACCCAUCUCCAUGAGGAAAUAUGGGAAUAAGGUGGAGACGCAUGUCGUUGAAGGGAGGGGGUAUGAAGUUGUUGAAGGGAAGGUUGAUUGGAGGGGAAGACCAGCAUUGCGAGGGCGCCAUGGCGGUGUCUCCAGUACUAUCUUCAUUCUUGCGAACUUUGGAUUUGAGAACCUUGCCUCGUUGUCUCUGGCUGUGAAUCUCAUCUUGUACCUUUUCUUCGUCAUGCACAUCGGCUAUGCCGACGCCUCCAACCUGCUGACCAACUACAUGGGCACGAGCUACAUGGUCGCCGUGCUCAUCUCCGUCUUCGCGGACACCUUUAUUGGUCGAUACAAGACUGUGAUCAUAUCAUCUCUGAUCGAGCUCGUGGGGCUCCUGCUGCUGACGCUGCAGGCGCACUCCGACCGGCUGAAGCCGCCGAAUUGCCACUUCCCCGUGGACCCGACGUGCCAGCGGGUGCACGGCCACAACAAGGUGCACCUCUACCUGGCGCUGUACCUCAUCGCCAUUGGCUCGGCGGGGAUCAAGGCGGCCCUGCCAGCGCACUGUGCGGACCAGUUCGACGAAAAGCACCCCAAGGAGAAACUGCAGAUAUCCAGCUGCUUCAACUGGCUGUUCCUCAGCCUCUGCACCGGAGGCGCCAUCAGCUGCACGGUGUUGGUGUGGAUCCAGAAUAUCAAGGGCUGGGACAAGGGCUUCGGCGUCGCCACUGGCGUGAUGGCGCUCUCCCUCAUCGUCUUCGUCGCCGGCCUGCCGAGGUACCGCAUCGCCACCGUGCAGGGCAGCAGCGCGCUUCUAGAGAUCUUCCAGGUAUACGUCGCUGCAUUCAGGAACAGGAGCCUUGAGCUCCCUGAGAACCCUGACGAGCUGUACGAGAUCAGCCGGAGCAAAGCUUCCCCUGACACGGAGUUCGUGGCGCACAGGGACAAGCCGUUCAGAUUCCUGGACAGGGCGGCCAUAAUUCAGGCACCGAAUGACGCGACGGGUGCGACGCAGAGUCCGUGGCGUCAAUGCAGGGUGACGCAGGUGGAGCACGCCAAGACGGUGCUAGCCAUGGUGCCCAUCUUCUGCAGCGCCAUCGUCAUGGGCACCUGCCUCGCGCAGCUCCAGACCUUCUCCAUUGGGCAGGGCGCCACCAUGGACACGAGGCUCGGCAAGAAUUUCAUGAUGCCGCCGGCGUCGCUGCCCAUCAUCCCGCUCGCCUUCCUCAUCUUUGCGGUGCCCAUCUACGAGCAUAUCUUCGUGCCCUUCGCGCGCCGCGUGACCGGCCACCCCAACGGCAUCUCGCACCUGCAGCGCGUGGGCGUCGGCCUCGUGCUCUCCAUCAUCUCCAUGGCCAUCGCGGCCCUCGUGGAGGUGCGCCGCAAGAAGGUGGCCGCCCGGCACGGCAUGCUAGACAUGCUCCCCGAACAGCAGUUGCCCAUCUCCUGCUUCUGGCUGGCGCCGCAGUUCGCCGUGUUCGGCAUCGCCGACAUGUUCACCUACGUCGGCCUCCUCGAGUUCUUCUACUCGCAGGCGCCCCGGGCGCUCAAGUCCAUGUCGUCGUCGUUCCUGUGGUGCUCCUUGUCGCUCGGCUAUUUCCUGAGCACCAUCAUCGUGCAGGCCGUCAAAACGGCCACCAAGGGAUCCACGGCGAGCGGCGGAUGGCUGGCCGGCAACAACAUCAACCGGAACCACCUCGACCUCUUCUUCUGGCUUCUCGCCGUGCUCAGCUCCCUCAACUUCCUCAACUACCUCUUCUGGUCCAGCUGGUAUAAGUACAAGCCCCAGGAACAGGCUGUAGCGCCUGAGCAGCAGCGGCAAGUGUGA